AUGGAAGACCACAGAAGAAAAUGGGAUCUGGAUGAAUAUGAUCGUUUGGCCCGAGAAAGAACAGAAGAAGAAGAUGAUGAAAAAGAAAGAAGAAAAGAAGCACCCGUCAGGCGAGAGCUAUUAAAACCAAGAGAUUAUAAAGUGGAUUUGGAUUCUAGAUUGGGCAAGUCACACGUCAUCACAAAAACGACUCCAGCCUCACAGAUGGGCGGGUAUUACUGCAAUGUUUGUGACUGCAUAGUAAAAGAUAGCAUCAAUUUUUUGGACCACAUCAACGGAAAGAAACAUCAAAGAAAUCUUGGCAUGUCGAUGAAAGUGGAAAGAUCAUCUUUGGAUCAAGUGAGGAAACGUUUCGAAACAAAUAAAAGAAAGAAAGAAGAAGAAGAGAAACAUUACGUCUUCGAAGAGAAAAUUAAAGAGCUGAAGGAAGAGGAAGAAAAACAAAAAGCUUAUAAAAAGGAAAAAAGAAAGGGGAAGAAAAGAAAAUCGUUUGAUGAUGAGGAGGAGGAAAGAGAUGGUGAGGUGACUUCAAUUAUGGGGUUUUCAGGGUUUGGAACUAGUAAAAAGAAUUGA